GAUUCUCUCUCAAAGGGGUGGUGUAUUUUUUUUUUCUUUAAAGAAAAGACACCGAAAACCAAAAGCUUCUUCCUUUUUUUUUUUCUCCUUAUUUUCUUUAUUUGGUGUCACGACGUCAAAUCUUUAGUUUGGCUCUCUGCUAUAUUUCUGGCUGUAUAUGCGAUGUUUCCCUUUUUCUUGAGCAGAGAAGAUCGCUUUCAGAAGCCCUGAUUUGCUCCUAUGGUGUGAAAGAAGACAAUUGAAGGUUUUGGAGUGUAGUUCUUGUGAUUCAUAAAUCCGUGGAAUGGCUGUUCUGUUCGUGUUUUGAACAAUCUGGUGUCUGCUUCUUCCUCUUCUGUCUGUAAACAAAGCUCAUUCUGACAUUCUCGUUCUCUCUCGUAUUGAUACGGGAAAUUCUGGGAGAUGGGAUUCGGAGAAAACGAGGUCAAGGAAAUGCAGGGACAGAGACACAAGCGUUCGAAGAGUUUUCCUGAGAAGCAAAGGCUUGGAGGAGAUAACAUCGGUAGCUCUCCAGAUGCUUCUCAACGCCUCAAGCUUGACCUCCAAAACUCUAAUGAAUCUUCAAAAACCAAGAAGAAACUAUCGCCAAAGGUGAAGGGCCAUAGUCCUUUGAAGCAAGAGAUUCUAGAGCUUGAGAACAGAUUACAGAACCAGUUUGAUGUCCGUCGUGCUUUGGAGAAGGCAUUGGGUUAUAGAACAUCUUCUCAAGACGGCAAUGCAAAUGCCAUCUCCUCUCCAAAGCCUGCUCCAGAAUUAAUCAAGGAGAUUGCUGUUUUGGAAUUAGAAGUUUCCCAUUUGGAACAGUAUCUCCUUUCCCUAUACCGCAAAGCGUUUGAUCAACAAAUAUCAUCUGUAUCUCCAACAUCAAAGCAACAGAGCUCGUGUUCACCAAAAUCUACCCUCGGAGGAAAACGACUAGAUUUCUCAAGAACUGAUGUAACCCCGAAACACGAAACUUCAACACUCGAGUCUCGGUGCUUCUCUUUUGACAACAGGCUCAAGGGUCCUUUUUCUGUCGAGAAGGAACUAGGUUCAAAUGUCCGUCGAUGCCAAUCCUCGCUUAAUCAGCGCUCCACCUUCAUUAACAGAAUCUCUCCACCAGAAGAAUGUCUUCUUGAUUGCCACUCCCAACCAUUGUCCAUAAAGGAGGUAUCUUUUGACAACAGGCUCAAGGGUCCUUCUUCUGUCGAGAAGGAACUAGAUUCAAAUGUCCGUCGAUGCCAAUCCUCGCUUAAUCAGCGCUCCACCUUCAUUAACAGAAUCUCUCCACCAGAAGAAUGUCUUCUUGAUUGCCACUCCCAACCAUUGUCCAUAAAGGAGGUAUCUUUUGACAACAGGCUCAAGGGUCCUUCUUCUGUCGAGAAGGAACUAGAUUCAAAUGUCCGUCGAUGCCAAUCCUCGCUUAAUCAGCGCUCCACCUUCAUUAACAGAAUCUCCCCACCAGAAGAAUGUCUUCUUGAUUGCCACUCCCAACCAUUGUCCAUAAAGGAGGUAUCUUUUGACAACAGGCUCAAGGGUCCUUCUUCUGUCGAGAAGGAACUAGAUUCAAAUGUCCGUCGAUGCCAAUCCUCGCUUAAUCAGCGCUCCACCUUCAUUAACAGAAUCUCCCCACCAGAAGAAUGUCUUCUUGAUUGCCACUCCCAACCAUUGUCCAUAAAGGAGGUAUCUUUUGACAACAGGCUCAAGGGUCCUUCUUCUGUCGAGAAGGAACUAGAUUCAAAUGUCCGUCGAUGCCAAUCCUCGCUUAAUCAGCGCUCCACCUUCAUUAACAGAAUCUCUCUGCCAGAAGAAUGUUUUCUUGAUUGCCACUCCCAACCAUUGUCCAUAAAGGAGUACAUGCAAAAUGAAUCAAGUAUGAUCAGUCUUGCUGAUCACCUGGGAACCCAGAUAUCUGAUCACGUGCCCGUAACGCCGAACAAAUUAUCAGAGGAUAUGAUCAAGUGUGUGUCAACUAUAUAUUGCAAGCUUGCAGACCCACCCAUGAUAAAUCCCGGCCUUUCAUCUCCAAGUUCAUCCCCGUCAUCAAGCGAGUUUUCUCCUCAUGAGCAGUAUGAUAUGUGGAGUCCAAGCUUUAGAAAACACCCGUCCUUUGAUGUGCGUUCAGAUAAUCAAUUUGAAUUCAGCGGUCCUUACAGUUCAAUGGUUGAAGUAUUGCACAUUUACCGCAACCGCAAGAAAGGACGUGACCUUGAACUGAUGCUUCGGAAUUUUAGCGUGCUUAUUAGCAAACUGGAAGAUAUUGAUCCGAGAAAGUUGACACAUCAGGAGAAACUUGCCUUUUGGAUUAAUGUACACAACGCUCUUGUCAUGCACACAUUUCUGGCUUACGGGAUUCCACAAAACAAUGGGAAGAGGUUUUUGCUACUCUCUAAGCCUGCAUACAACAUAGGAGGACGCAUGAUGAGUGUUGAAACAAUACAAAAUUCUAUCCUUUGCAGCCGGUUGCCUCGUCCUGGACAGUGGCUCAGGCUAUUGCUCACUCCAAGAAAAUUUAGAACCCGUGAUGAGCUGCAAGGGUUUUCCCUUGACCACCCUGAGCCUCUCUUGUACUUUGCUCUCUGCUCAGGCAGUCACUCUGAUCCUGCAGUACGCAUUUAUACGCCCAAAAGGGUAUACCAAGAGCUAGAAACCGCGAAAGAAGAGUACAUCCGAGCCACAUUUGGGGUAAGAAAAGACCAGAAAAUACUCUUACCGAAGAUAAUUGAGUCGUUCAUCAAAGACUCGGGUUUAAGCCAAGUGGCGCUGAUGGAGAUGAUCCAAGAAUGUCUUCCCGGAACAUGGAGGAAAACCAUCAAGAAACUCGUCUCGGGAAAACCCCGAAAGAGCAUCCUCGAGUGGACUCCUCACAAUUUUGGUUUCCGGUAUCUGAUAGCCAAAGAACUCAUCCGAUGAUACAUCUAGUGAUGGUAUUCCGUGUGGUUCAUAUAUAUAUAUAUAUGUAUGGAUCUGUGUAUGCAUGUAUGUAUUCUUAGUAUUGGCUUUAAUUCUUUGUUGUAUCCGAGCGAUCGUGUGUAAUGCAUGAAAAAAAAAAAGCAGAUAGGAAUAUGUAAGGUAGAAAGAGAGUAGAACUGCGUGCUGUUUUUUGGUCUCUAAUCCGGAGUGGUGUUUGGCUUGGGAAGUUUGAAUUAGAGAGAAACAGUGUUCUGUAGUAAUGUACAUGUCAUUGUCAAUUCA